CUUGCUGUUGUGUGUCACUGUCCAAUAAAAGUUAGUGAGUGAGUGUAUUCGUUUGCUCUUUUCCAUAAUUCUUGGACUUAUGCAGGAAUUCACUGGCGUUUGGGUGAGGGAUCCUCGCAUCCAGAAGGAAGAUUUCUGGCAUGCCUUCAUGGAUUAUGAAGUUUGUAUACAUACAAACAGCUUGGCGUUCACUAAGAAGAGCUCCUGUGUGCGGCGGAGAUUCAGCGAGUUUGUGUGGUUAAGAAAAAAGCUACAGGAAAAUGCCUUGCUCAUAACACAUAUACCUAAACUUCCUCCAAAAAACCCCUUCUUCAGUCUCAACAAUGCAAAAGAAAUUGGAGCCCGUAUGGAGGGGUUAAGGAAAUUCCUAGAAGCGGUGGUUCACAGUGCGGUUCUGCUGUCAGACAGUUGCUUGCACCUCUUCCUACAGUCCCAACUAAGUCUGAAAAAAAUUGAGGCCUGUGCUGAAGGCAGGACUCGCUACACUGUAUCCGAGGCCAUUCACAGUUUCAGUUCUGGACACAAACGCUUUGAUUCACUGUGUGAAGAGAACAUGGAAGAAGAGCAAUGUGUGCAAUGUGAAUCAGAGUGAUUAUUUUUGGACAAUAAAAUGGAGUCAACGCACAUUAUGCUUUUAGAUAUAAAAAUACAACCUCUGUCACUGUUGUUAUGCCUUUUUAAAAAGAUAGUUUGUACUGUUUAAGGUAGGACUACCAAAAUGUACACUUUAGGGAAUAUAUACGUAGGCCUACCCAACGUGCCAGUUAUAGACCCUCAUUUUAAAAAACGAACAAACAAUCGGGUAGGUUUAUUUUUGAAAAAGUCCAUACCCUACUAUGUCAAUGACAUCUUUUGUACCUUUUUGAGAGUACAAUUUCGCAAUAACAUUGAUGACAUAUUGAACUCUGAAGAUUACAACCCAUGUUUGAAUAGGAACACUUAAACAUUUAAAAAGUUAGCUAUUUUCUCGCACUGACUUCUGUACCGACAAAUGAAGACUAAUAAAUUGAAUUAUUUAAACACAUUUGUGCACACAUUAAUGUCCUGCCUGGCUUUCAAAGGAAAGUAUAAAAGCAUAAUGUGGCCUGUGAGGAAGAUAGUUUGUUGUUAAAACUACAGAUGAGCGUUGAGAGGUUUACGAGAGGGAAUUUAUGUUUGUGUACGAAGUCCCUUAAACGCAAUAACCCCAUCCUAAUAAGCAAAUACAGAGCAUUAGGACAUUAGCCUAUACGUGAUUUAAACCCGACUUCACCGAGCUAAAUCCUAAUAAUAAUCUCUACUCAAACAAUUUUAUUGCCGUACUUAACCAUAAAAGAUCAUUGUCAGGAUGCCAUACAGAUCCUUCUCAUAAAUAUUUAACACUCUUGUGUGAGGCCCAAUUUGACCAACAGAUGGCGCCUUUGCUCUUCUGUCUUUCCAUGACUGACCCUCUAAACCCUGCAAAACCAUAAACAUUUCAUCACAGUCAAAAUGCCCUCUAGGCAAGCAGUGUUUUUACUUUUUCAAAUGAAUGUGACAUUAAAUCAAUACAUUUUAGAUCAGAAGGUAGCCUACUGGUCGCCAAAAGCAAGCGGUAAGACCAUCAAAGUAAAGGAUGCAAGCAAUCAGUAAACAAAAUUACACCAGAAAUCAUAUGCACGCAUAAUACUUAUUAUUAAGAAGUCAGAUUAGGCGGGUUAAUAUGUUUAGUCAAAGACAGGUAGGGUACAAUAUAUAAUGAGAUUAGCCUAUAUGUACAAUUUUCUGACAUAUAUUAUCAAAUAAAUUCAAAUAGACUUAGACCAACAAGUUGAAUUAUACUGGUUAAAGAGCCAAAUAUACCUUUAGAGCGUCACCUGAACUCUUGAUCGUAUGCGCAGCAGGUCUUGAAAAAUAAAUCCAAAUCUAACGAUACUUUGUAUUAUCAUGUGUUCAAGAACUGCAAUUUAUCAAACAAUUUCUAAACUGAGGAGGAUGAUCUUAAGACAAUUCCACCAAUCAGAGAGCGUUAUUGGGAAACACGCGCAAAAAGAUAUAGUUAGCCACGCCCACUACCAUAGAGUACCUGCAAAUAUGACCUAAUUUGGGCAAUCAUUUAAACGCUGUUAAUAUGAUAUGCUUCUUAGGUAUGUAUGUAUGUCUGGAUGGAUAGAUAGAGACCCCAACCUAACAGUCUAUAUCUAAUGAGAAUUAGUUGGCAUGUAGAUGCAAUGUAACGUAAAUUCAACAUAUGGACCAUCAAAAUAAAGUGUAACCCUGAAA